UAAACUACGUCCCAAGGAUCCCGCACAGCACUGAUCAGAGAGGAAGAGGCGACGCCUCUCGUUCUUUCUGCCUAAAAUCAGGAAAAAGUCCAUAUUGAAAUGGCGUCAGUCACUGCUCGUGGUAUGACCCUUUGCAUCUUGGCGCUGUUAAACUUUGUCUUCGUUUUUAUAACCGGUGCAGACUUUGUUCGUUUCAUCUCAUUUCGAGCGAUAUAUCAUAACAUCACUGGAGAGUCGCCACUGUGUCAAGACUCUGUACCAUGGUCUGUAGCUUUGCGGGACAGCUCUGUUCUCAAGUCUGUGGUUGUGGAUCUGGGGCUUCUGGCUCUUUUUAUUGUCCAGCACAGCCUAUUGGCCUGGGCUCCAGUCAAGCAGGCAUGUCAGUCUGUCCUGGGGGUACUGAACCGGGCCAUGUACUGCUCCACCACUGCUAUGGCUCUCCAGAUAUUGAUGCAUUACUGGCAGCCUGUGACGGAGGCUCCCUGUCUGUGGUCAGUACGUAAUGCCCCAUGGAAUACCUGGUUCCCCCUGCUCUGUUUCACCCUGCACUUCCUCUGCUGGUCUAUCAUCUGCAGUAUACUGCUGAUCUUUGACUAUCCUGAACUACUGGGCAUCAAGCAGGUUUAUUAUGAGUGCCUUGGUUUGGGAGAUCCUCUGGCUCUCAAGUCCCCCCGGGCUCAGCGUCUCUUCGCCCACCUGCGUCACCCCGUGUGUGUGGAGCUGGCUGUGGUGCUGUGGCUCCUCCCUGCCCUGCCCCUGGACAGGCUGCUGCUGGCGGGGAGUCUGUCGGCCUACCUGGCCCUGGCUCACUCCCUGGAUACACAGGACUGUGCAUACCUCAGUGUCCAGCUGCAUAGCAAACUGCGGCUCUUCUCUUUGCCACAGGAUGGCACUGCUCAGAACAAUGACAACCACAAGCAAGAGUGAAUUGAAGUCAUGGGUGUUGUAAGCUAGGUUUCCAUCCAAUUGCCAAAACAUAAGAAUAUUCUAAUAUGCACAUUUUCCCGCCAAAGAUGUUUCCGUUAAAUUGACUUGUUGGGGAUUAAAUUACUUUUGCUGUUAAAUUCCGAUGUACAGAAUAUUUUUAAUUAUAAAAAAGGAAGUUAAAUGGGUUUCCAUCGCAUUUUAAACUCUACUGAUGGUAUUCUCACACAGAAAAUUGCGUUAUAUGGCGUGGACUUUACUCGCAUGAAAAGGUUGGAUGGAAACCUGGUUGCUAUUGAGAGCAAUAGUAAUGGCAUCUGUUUGAUAUCACUAACUCCACCAUAGCUCGUUGGUCAAAGCCUAUGGGGAAAUUAAUGUUUUUUUUGUCUCAACUCCGAAAAUAAGGUCUGUGGUAAACACAGGUUUAGGAGUUCUUAUAGGUUUUGUUCUAUUAGAUCGUCUUCAUCAGCUGAUGUCAAUUUUGGUUAAUUUGAAGCAUUAAUGUAAUCAAAACAAGCACAUUUAUUUCUGGUGUUUAUCCCAAAACCCCAUUCUUUCCCCAUUAAUUUCCCUUAUAGGAAUGGCUGAAUGAACUAAAGGUAACUAAUUUCUGUUUUUUUGGGGACUACAAGCUGGUGAGCUUUAUUACUACACAUACAUGAAUGGGAUCAGAUGGGAUGUUUGUGUGGCUGCACACAGCAAUUGACAAAAGUACACACUGCAGUUGUUUGUUAACUUCACUUGGUAGGGGUAACACUGUUGAUUUUAGAAAAUGAUAAGAUUCAGAACGUCUGUAAAUAUGCCACCAAGCAUUUAGGCAUAGCUUUUAACAUCAAUGUAUUUGUAAGUAAUUACUCAGAAUAUAUAUAUAUAUUUUUUUUAAAUCUAAAAGAGUAUAUUUUUAUAUAGCCUAUGAACAUAACAUAACAUUUUACAUUCCACCACCAAGUGCUAACUCAUAGCCCUUCUAGUAAUUUAAUAGGAUCUCUGUCAUAAACUGUCAAACUUCCAGAAAUGGCAGCCAUAUUGGUCAGGGAGAAAUCCAACCCAGUCUAACUGGAAUGAAUGGCAGUAGAGGUACAAUCCUAAAAGUAAGGCAUAUGACAUAAGAAAUUGUGUGAUAGAAUUAUUGUCAACCUAAAAUAUUGUCAUAAUUAUAAAUUCUGUUUAUACAGGUUUCCUACACAUUUUCUGUAUAAAUAGCCUCUAAAAUAUAUGUAAACAGACCAUAAAUGCCUCCUUGGGAAGCUGUGAGUUCUAUUAUAUGAUACAAUAUCAGUAGGCUACUUGUUGCAUUUACAACUUGUCUAAGUCCUAUCAUCAACUGAUUUCAGCCAGUAUAUGGCUGUGGGAUGUUGGCAUAUUGGCAGUUAAUUUGAGGGGGGAAAUCAUUCUGCUAAAACUAUCUGGCUAGCUAGCUAACAAACACAGUGCAGAUAAAUUAUUCAAUUUUUUAUAUUUUUUUACACUGUCUUAUCACUUCACUGGCAAACCAUGGUUGACCAACUUCCUGACAAAAAUGGCUGACCUAUAUCCCAUUAUAAGGUUCAUGGCCAUUCUAGUAUUCUAAUUAUAUGUGCCAACUGCCGUUCCACACUGUAUUAUUUUCAAAAUUGGAUUAUGUCAGUGCUACAUUUUGCUGUUGUCUUUCAUUUUGUUGUAUUUGUCCUGUUCCUUUCCUAUUUCCCCACACACAUUCUGUCACAUUUUGAGGGUAUCUUUGUCUUAUCCUUUUCUCUCCAUCAUCAUUGUUUUAUAUCCUUUGUGUUGCAGUAAAUCAAUGUAUAAUUACUUGAAUAGCUGAAUUCCUUCUAAUUCCAACUGUGAGCAUGGAUUAUAGGAGAGGAUAAGGUAUUCAUUGUUUAAUUAUUUUAUAUAGGUCUAAUUACAGUAUUUUUAACUACAUUAAUUAUUUUAAUAAGAUAAUAUAUAGGUGAAACUACCUUAGAGCAAACUGUUCAUGUGAUGCCAUAUUUUCAUCAGUUUUGUACCAACACAGGUUCUUUGUUACACUGGAACAAAUUAUAAGCAACUAAAACAUAAUGUCUCAAUAAAUACAAGUCAU